CGCUCAUGCAGUCGAAUUGUACAGUUUGGGAGGUGUGCAUCGAGUAGUUCGCCAAUAUUUCACCACUUUUAGAAAUUGUAGAUUUGCAAUACCAAAAGUUAUUCUCAACAUGUGGGCCAUUCUCCUGACGAUCCUAUCCGUGGGUCUGCUGUACAGAUAUGUGAGGCGGCACUACACUCACUGGCAGCGAUUGGGAGUCGAUGAGGAGCCGGCUAAGAUUCCCUUUGGCGUAAUGGAUACUGUAAUGAAGCAGGAACGAAGUUUGGGCAUGGCCCUGGGUGAUAUAUACGCCCGGCACGAGGGCAAAAUCGUUGGAAUAUACAUGAUGAACAAGCGAAGUAUCCUGAUCCGAGAUGCCCAAUUGGCUCGCCAAAUCAUGACCAGCGAUUUCGCCAGUUUCCACGAUCGCGGGGUGUACGUGGACGAGGAUAAGGAUCCGUUGUCGGCCAACCUUUUUAACCUAAGAGGUGCUUCAUGGCGAAAUCUACGCCAGAAACUUACUCCUUCGUUCUCCUCCGGCAAAAUUAAGGGCAUGUUCGGCACCAUCGACGAUGUGGGCGAUAAGUUGGUGCAGCAUUUGCAGGGGGCCCUUGACGAAAGCGACGAAGUGGAGAUCAAGGAUGUGAUGACCACCUAUGCGGUGGACAUCAUUGGGUCGGUCAUUUUUGGUUUGGAGAUAGACAGCUUCAGUAAUCCAAAAAACGAGUUCCGCGAGAUCAGCAGCUCUACGUCCACGGAUGAAUCUCUGCUGCUGAAGAUUCACAAUAUGUCCAUGUUCAUUUGCCCACCGAUUGCUAAGCUGAUGAACCGCUUGUGCUAUGAGAGCCGUAUCCUGACAUCCCUGCGAGACAUGAUGAAGCGCACAAUCGAGUUCCGGGAGGAGCACAACGUGGUACGAAAGGACAUGCUGCAGCUGCUGAUCCGACUCCGAAAUACGGGCAAGAUUGGCGAGGACGACGACCAGGUGUGGGACAUGGAAACUGCACAGAAGCAGCUGAAGUCGAUGUCGAUCGAGAAGAUUGCCGCCCAGGCGUUCCUGUUCUACGUGGCGGGCUCGGAAUCCACAGCUGCGGCGUCUGCCUUCACUCUCUACGAGCUGUCCAUGUACCCGGAACUGCUGAAGGAGGCGCGAGAAGAAGUGGAUGCAGUGCUGAUGAAGCACAAUCUGAAGCCCAAGGAUAGGUUCACCUACGAGGCGGUGCAGGACCUGAAGUUUCUGGACACCUGCAUCAUGGAAACCAUACGCAAAUACCCCGGGCUACCAUUUCUCAAUCGAGAGUGCACCGAAGAUUAUCCAGUACCUGGAACUAAUCACAUCAUAGCCAAGGGAACACCCAUUCUGAUCUCCCUCCUUGGCAUCCAGCGUGAUCCCGUCUAUUUUCCCAAUCCCAAUGGCUACGAUCCCCAUCGCUUCGAUUCAGAUACCAUGAACUACGAUCAGGCAGCUUAUAUGCCCUUUGGAGAGGGUCCUAGGCACUGCAUAGCUCUUCGCAUGGGAAAAGUCAACUCCAAGGUGGCGGUGGCUAAGAUUUUGGCCAAUUUCGAUCUGAUUCAAUCUCCACGCAAGGAGGUGGAGUUCCGUUUCGAUGCCGCCCCUGUUUUAGUGACCAAGGAACCGUUGAAGCUGCGCAUGACCAAGAGAAAUUAAAUCAAAAAUAUCUGGCAUGGGUUUUAUUCAACAUCUGAAUUCGAAAGAAACAACAAACAAAGCGAGAA